UGAGGCCGAGGAGGCCGGCCGGGGCUGGGGCGCGCAGGGGCCUCCUCCCAAAUCCGAGCCCUCCAGCCAUGGCCACCCUGGUGAUGUCCCGGGAGGAGAAACUGAGCCAGGAUGAGAUCGUGCUGGGCACCAAGGCAGUCAUCCAGGGGCUGGAGACCCUGCGGGGCGAGCACCGGGCCCUGCUGGCCUCCCUGCUGGAGAAUGUAGCUGGGCGGGAGGCAGGCGAGGCCGAGCCCGGAACCCAGGAGCGCUCGGGGCUCCUGCGCCGAUCCCUGGAGGCCAUCGAGCUGGGACUUGGGGAGGCUCAGGUGAUCCUGGCACUGUCGGGCCACCUUGGGGCUGUAGAGUCGGAGAAACAGAAGCUGCGGGCCCAGGUGCGCCGCUUGGUGCAGGAGAACCAGUGGCUCCGCGAGGAGCUGGCCGGGACCCAGCAGAAGCUGCAGCGCAGCGAGCAGGCCGUGGUCCAGCUGGAGGAGGAGAAGCAGCACCUGCUGUUCAUGAGCCAGAUCCGGAAGCUGGACGAGGACCCUCCCGCCAACGAAGAGAAGGGGGAUGUUUCCAAGGAUUCUCUGGAUGACCUGUUCCCUAACGAGGACGAACAGAACCCAGCUCAGGGCCCUGGGGGCGGAGAUGCAGCAGCCCAGCAUGGAGGCUACGAGAUUCCGGCCAGGCUAAGGACCUUGCACAAUCUGGUGAUUCAGUACGCCUCCCAGGGGCGCUAUGAGGUGGCUGUGCCCCUCUGUAAGCAGGCCCUGGAAGACCUGGAAAAGACCUCGGGACAUGACCACCCCGACGUGGCCACCAUGCUGAACAUCUUAGCGCUCGUGUACCGGGAUCAGAAUAAAUACAAAGAAGCUGCCCACCUGCUCAACGAUGCUCUAGCCAUCCGGGAGAAGACCUUGGGCAAGGACCACCCAGCUGUGGCAGCUACCUUGAACAACCUGGCGGUCCUGUACGGCAAAAGGGGCAAAUACAAGGAAGCAGAGCCCUUAUGUAAGCGAGCCCUGGAGAUCCGAGAGAAGGUGCUGGGCAAAUUCCACCCGGACGUGGCCAAGCAGCUGAAUAACCUGGCCCUGCUGUGCCAGAACCAGGGCAAGGCCGAGGAGGUGGAAUACUACUACCGGCGCGCUCUGGAGAUCUACGAGGCCCGGCUGGGCCCCGACGACCCCAACGUGGCCAAGACCAAGAACAACCUGGCCUCUUGCUAUCUGAAGCAGGGAAAGUACCAAGACGCAGAAACCCUGUAUAAGGAGAUCCUGACUCGCGCCCAUGAGAAGGAGUUUGGCUCAGUCAAUGGCAAGUGCUCCCCCGACCCCCCAGCCCGCCUACCGUUGGCCAGGCCGGGGGCUCCAGUGCCCUGUGACAGCCCCUUCUUUCUGUCUCCCCCAGGAGACAACAAACCCAUCUGGAUGCACGCCGAAGAACGGGAAGAGAGCAAGGAUAAGCGUCGAGACACCACACCCUAUGGAGAAUACGGCAGCUGGUACAAGGCUUGUAAAGUGGACAGCCCCACUGUGAACACCACACUGCGGAGCCUCGGGGCUCUCUACCGCCGGCAAGGGAAGAUGGAGGCGGCUCACACCCUGGAGGACUGUGCCAGUCGCAGUCGCAAGCAGGGCCUGGAUGCCGUGAGCCAGACCAAGGUUGUGGAGCUGCUGAAAGAUGGCGGUGGGCGAGGGGAGCGCCGGAGUGGCCGAGAGGGCGCCGGAGGCGCGGUUUCUCGGGCUGAGCCGGAGCCCGAGGAUUCGGGGCCUGCGGCCGAGUGGUCCGGGGAUGGCAGCGGUGCUCUCCGGAGGAGCGGCUCCUUUGGGAAGCUGCGCGAUGCCUUGAGGCGCAGCAGUGAGAUGCUGGUGAAGAAGCUGCAGGGGGGCGGGCCCCAAGAGCCUCCCAACCCCCGGAUGAAGCGAGCCAGUUCCCUCAACUUUCUGCACAAGAGCACAGAAGAGGUCAGCCAGGCCGGCGACACCAACCUGUCCGACAGCCGCAUGCUGAGCUCCAGCUCUCUUGACCUCUCUCGGCGGAGCUCUCUCAUUGGCUAAGAGAGAGGGGUGGGAGGGCCUGCCCCCUCCUCAGCUCUGGGCCCUCCUUGACUCCUUGUCAUCUCCCACAGGGAUGGCGGGUGCAGGGGGACACCUGAGCCUCAGCCUUGCUCCCGCCCUGCUUCGGCCACCCUUCCCCCGAUGGCUGUUUCCCACAGGUCCCCUCCCUCAUUGUUUUUCGUUCGAUCUCAGGGUAACCUCUCCCCCUGUCAUUUCAGGCUUAGCAGUUCAAGGCUUAUUCCCCUCCCGGUCUGGCACUGUUAGUCACGAAACCGAGAAGCGUCACAUUGGUGACGGAGUGCAGAGAGGAGCCAGGAUUCCCCCGCCCCUGUAUUUAUUUCCCUCUUCCCUUCCUCUCAGUGGGAGCCAGGAGGAGCAGGCCUCUGGCAGAGCUUCCCAGAGCAGGCCGGGCCACCUGGCCUUGGGGAGAGAGAACACCACCAGGCCUCCCCCUCCUCCCUUACCCAGGCCUCUGCUUCUGUAUAUAGAGAAAUAAGUUAUUGGCCGCUCCCUUCCCCACUCCCUGUCCAUGGUACCUGCUCUAGCCCUUUCCCUGUCCAGGGAUGCCACCCAGGCCUUAACCCCUUGCAGACAAGGUCUUGGACACAUACGCAAGUGCAGAAAUAUGCCCAAAUGAUGGGAGCCUGCCUUCUCACCCCCUGAAACCACAUUAGUGUAGGACAGAGGUGCCAUGUCCUCUACGGGACCUUCUCGUCUACAAUAGCUGGCACCAUCUUCACUUUUCUCAUCUUUGUUCCUUCCGGGCUGUGGUGCCUGGGCCUUAAGCACUCCUUUUGAGCCGCAUUCCAGGGACUUCCGAACCCUUCCCUGCCGCCCCCUCCCUCCCGAGGUACCACCUGCUGAGCCAUUCCUGGGGCUCCCACUGCUCCCGGUCCUCGCCCUCAGAGUCAGUGCAGGGAGGGGGCAGGGCUAGGGUGGGCUGGGGAACCCUUGUGCUUUAUUCAGAUGUUGCUGUAGAAAUAAAGCCAGUUUGAAUUCA